AUGAGACACAUAUACUUCAGAGCGCACACAGUAGUUGUUUGGCUGGGAAGUACUUAUUCGCAAUACCAAAAGGGGAUAGGUCCGCUUGAGGCUCGCUUUGCUCCAGAAGACAGCUCAGUGGAAGAAACUCUUACCUCUGCAACUGGACCCAGCGAGCCCGACGACGCUCAUGCAGUUAGUUUGAAAAGCGAGCGCAAAAUGGUGCUUAGAUUGGCAAAAGACGAGUAUUGGAACCGAGUCUGGAUCAUUCAGGAGAUCGGACAUGCUAGACAGAGACGCGUCUGCUUCGGGAAAAUGGAGCUGAGUUGGAGCGGUUUCAUCAAGAUGAUGACGCACCACAGCGUCACAACUGAAGGGCCUCUUCGGUUGAACCAGCAAGUCGAGCAAAAGUAUCAAGGCUCCCAUACCCUGAGACGUCUUCUCUCCGAUCACCGCAAUUCUCAGUGCCAAGACCCAAAAGACAAGAUCUUUGGCCUCAUUGGCCUAUCAGUGGAUGGCUACGGCUAUCCAAGCCCGGACUACGACAAGUCACUGUUUCAAAUUUGGACAGAAACGAUGGAAUUCAUGAAUCGUCAUAAAAUGUUCGAUGACAAUAACGAACUUGAAAUCGUAUCUCACGCAAAUUUGGUCAAGUUCCUUCUCAUGGGAACACGUUGCACACCGAUUCAACAAGUCCUGAGGCCCUAUGCCGCAGAAGCCGAGACACAACUUUCUCUAGGUCCUUCAGUAAAAGACGUGGCCGGUAAUCUGGGCAAAGUUGACGAGUGGUCACAUAAAGUCCAGAUCAACUAUGAAGACGAUCUUGGAAGUGCCUGCAAGCAGAGCAACAAACUUCUAGGGGCCCUCUUGGGCGAACAGACCGAAGAAGUUCUACAACUUUGCUCCAAUCAGCUUAGCCUUGUCAGUUGGGAAGCGCAUUUCCAAAUGAACUGUCCUCUGUUCCCGUUUCUGAAUUGGGAUGACCGACCAAAGCACAAGCUAGUACCAAUCGAAAGCCCAAACCACUCCGAACCUUCAUCACAUAUAUCUACCAAGAAUUCUGGAGCUUCAGAAACUCUGUUGUACCAGCUAUGGACCGGCCAUCGCUCUAAUCAGAGUCCUAGGUGGAAAAUGGGAGUCGCUUCCUGCCAAGCGGCAUUGGGUGACGUUGUAUGCUGGGUUGGAGGCACCAAGACGGCCUUGGUUGUGAGGCCAACGGAGGGGUAUAGAAGUCCGCACCAACGAUAUGUUGAAAACGUUCAACUUCAAGUCAUUGAUACAGCCAUGGUUGCCGAAGACAUUGCAGACUCAAUGAUCGAUCACUCUCUAAGGCUAAAUAUCCGGGGUAAAAGGGGCGAGCAUCAACUUGACCAGGGUGUCGAUGCAGAGCCCCAAUUGUUAAAUCUCGUAGCCGAGAAUAACAAGGAACAUUUUGAUCUCGACGAGACAGACACUCAAAAUGUGAGCGGAGGCGAGAAAUGCAAACCUGCCUACACAGUAUCACGAACUUCGAGGGGGCUUGCACAGAGUAGAUUGCAACAGUUGUACGAGAGUCAUGGGGCAAUGGAGCGCAUACUCCUUCGUCUGAAAGACUUGCACACCGGUCUUACUUCAUCGCAAACUUGUAAGUCAGUCCUCGAGCAGCCGCGAUCGCUCGAGUUCGCUAUGGGAUGGAAUUUUCCACGAGGAGUUGUCCAAGUGGAUUUCAAUCGAUCUUCUCAGGCCGAUGAAAUUUCUGACCCGCCUACCGAUCAUCCUGAUGAUCUCUUGGAUCUGGGCAAUCAUCUUUGGUCUCUACGUUAUCGUCCUCUCCUCUUUUGCCAGCCUUUGGAUGGACAGAUACGGACAAUCCGAAACCCGAAAACGCUCAAUUACAUCGCUUUCGCAAUUGGUAUCACGAUCUCUUCGCAGGCCGGAGGUUCAGUCAUGGACUACGUAUUCCGACGUCUUCGUUAUAGGGCUAAUGGCGCGACUGCCCCGGAAUUUCUAGUAGCCUAUCUCGUAAUCGAGACACGCCGCAUUGGCAAGCAUGGAAGCACCUUUUGUGUUCAUAUGAGUUGGUCUGCCAUGCCCUGCCAUCCUAUGGCUCUGGGGCGGGAAGUCGAGAGCCCUAGGACGUGA